CAAGGUAGGAAGUGCUGGCCUCCUUCCCCGUUUGCAGGGUGGUCCGAAUCCUCCAUAAUAUCUCCCGUGCCCCAGUCUGGCCCGUUUUCGACUUUUUUCAAGCAACUCAACAUAGACUCUGCUUCGGCUUCUUCUUCUUAUUCUUCUUCUCGUCCCCCAUUCUUUCCUUCCUUCUCUACUUCUUUUCGCUCCUGCAGUAUGGAAUCGAGCCUUGCCUAUUCUGCUUCCGAAAAAUCAUACUCGCCACAGGGCUCCCGAGGCUUUACUCGCAAUACGACGCCUGAAUCCGAGGCUUCAUCGGAACUGAGCGGUAUUCCUAACGCGCAAAUUAGCGACAGAAAGAUGAAAAGCUCCCGAGUCGUCUUCUUCGAUUCCCAAAACCAGCCUCAACCGUUUUAUCCUCCCGAAUACCCUCAGUCUGGGUCUGUGCAGACACCGAUGAGACACGGCCUCGCAAACGCUCCCCGCAGUGUCGAUGCCCCGAACUGGCGCAUGGGUAUGGGCAUAGGUAUGGGAGGCGGUCCAGGCCACAGGCACUACAGCUCGUUCAGCUCGUCGGCCAGCGGCACCGAGUACAUGAUCAUGGGAUCACAAGUGCAAGAUUGUCAGGCUUCAAGCAUGGGAAGAAACACGAACAUCGACACUUCGGGCUUCCACGGCUACUGUCUGGAUCGUGGAAACGGCAACUAUACCAGGUUGAUUCCUGCCGACUCGCUUCCACCUUUAAUCGGUAUACCAGCCGUUCAGAAUGGCGCUGAAGGUCUGCUUGUUCUCCCACAGCCUCGAGGCGUGGACCCUCAGAACUUGGCUAGCAGCCCUGUCCAGCCUGUUGCUUUCAGAUCACCUCCGUCUUCACCGGCACCGGUAUCUGAUGCCCUUCAGCGUAGAAUCGACCAGAUCAUUGCCACCUCCCCCAACUCGCCAAAGAAGCCCAAGAUCUACUGUGACAAGUGGGUUCACGAGGGCGUCUGCGCAUUCACCCAGCAAGGUUGCAAGUACAAGCAUGAGAUGCCCCUCGAUAAGGCGACACAGCACUCACUCGGUCUUUUCCAUGGGUUUCCGGCAUGGUGGAAGAAGCAGCAGACUGAAAUUCGGCAACAGCAGCAGCAGCAGCAGCAGCAGCAGCCUCAGCAGCCUCAGCAGCUUCAGGGCAGCGGAACCGAGGUCUACUUUGACCUUCGUCAGCAAUCUCAGAGUGGCUUGAGUUCGCCCAUGAUUGGUGACAGGGCUCUUGCUAGCUCGACGAGAGCGACGCCGUCGUGGCGGAGAGGCGAGGGUGGCAGGAACCAAGGACAGAUGAGCGCAGGAUCACUGGCGAGACCCGGUGCAGGACACAGAAACUCGCCUGGUAAGUCUUCCAUUGUCAUCUCUUCUACGGAGUUGAAGCUCAUAUCAACAACAGACUCGAGACCUACGUACCAGCAGAAUAUGGAUUCGCCUACCUCAUCUUGUGUCUGGGGCCCGAUCGGUCCGCCUUCGAAGCAGACGCCCGACCCAAAUCCGCAUUCCUACCAGAAUAUGAGUGCCUUCGCCACUUCCAACAACUUCGCUCUGCUGAGCUCUCUUGAUACGAACACGGGUGAGAUGGACGAUGGCCGCAGAUAUGAGUCCUACUAG